GCCAGUGGAAACGAGAAUUCAUGAAACUUUCAAAAGAAUGUCAAAAUGUGGGACCAUAAGACGGGAAGAUCUCUACCUAAUUUGGAAGCAAAAAGAUUUCUGUGCAAUUCUACCUUACAAAGAGUUUAUAUUUAACAUCCUGAUCUAUCUAGAUAUCUUGGCAGAGCAACGGAGAUAUGACACAACUACAGGAAGUCGGUUACCAGUAGAAAACUUCUUUGUUCCCUGUAUGGUUACAGAGAGAAAUACCACCAGCUUCAUGGACAAAGAAUGUACACCAGAGAGAGCUAUAUGCUUAGCGUUUCUAUUCAAAGGGACCAUAAUACCACCAGCUCUACCAAAUCGUCUUAUCAGCGCUUGUUUGAGCAUGUGGACUGUCAAGCAGUAUGAGGGGAGACAACUCCUGUUCUCAGGAUUUAUUGGUUUAUCAUUUGACAAGUCACAUGAUAUUGUUGUAUGUGUUGAAGGCAACAAGAUUCUUCUUUACAUCGUCCACAGAACAUCCUCCGGGUUAAUCGUACCUGAUAUAGCUACAGGUGUUAAGGAAUGCUUGUUCCUCACAAUGGAAAGAAUCUCAGAUUUUUAUCAGUCCACAAUCCAUGCAAAACGCAGCCAACAAUCAAUCUUCCAUAUUGAAUACUCAUGUUCAAAAUUGCAUUGUUUCAUCAGUGAGAAGAAAGCUUUGCAGGCAAGCGAAUGGGUAUGCGACGAACAUAAUUUAACACACAAAGAUGGAAACUGGCUUGUUUGGAACCAAGAUAAGAAGAAAGAACAGUGUGAGCAGAACUGUCCAGGUUUAAGUGAAAAUGCUUUAAACCAGAUACCAAGUGAUAUUGAAUUGUUGCGUUUUUCAAUGAAUUGUCCUUCAAGCAGAAUGUUUGAAUUAGUUACAUAUCUUGAAAUGUCUAAGGAAUGGGAUGAUACCUCACACAAUUAUCCAAACGAUAUAAAACUAGCAAAGUUUAUGGUAUUAUCAAACAUGAAAGAAAAGAAAAGAAAAUUCAAAGCGUUGGAAGAAGCUCUGAUCAAAAUGAAUAUAUCAACACAUGUGUUAUGUCAAGUAAGAAGAGUCAGAAAAGCAGAAACAGAUAUUCCUGUCGAUUUCUUGGAUUUUAUUCCAACAGAUGAGAUUCUAGAUAAAUUAGCUCCACAGAUUGGUCAGGUAUUUUUUCAACUUGGUACAGCAAUUGGGCUAUCCAUUGCAAAUUUGGAAAACAUACAAAGCAAUAAUCCCCGGGACUUAGCAGCUCAGAAUAGGGAAGUGCUAUUUACAUGGAAAGAAGAGAAAACAGUCAAACCUACAUUACAAGUGCUUGUUCAAGCUUUAUUCAAUAUUGGAAGAGGGACAACAUGUUUGGAGGAAAUCAUGCAAAGUAUAGAUAUAAACACACUUAAAGUUUCAGAAGAAACAGGACAUCAGAAUAAAGGCGCAAUACCAAAGCAAACAACAGUAACAUAUGUUGCUGCAACAUCGAAAUCUGAUAAACAUGCACCACUUAAGGGAAACAUAAUUAGGCCAUCUAGGAUACCUGUAGCCGUAAAGCAAGUGACACUAACUGCACAGAGAAAUCUACGACCAACUAGUCUGUCAUCGAAAGGAAAGAGAAGUGACAAAUCUUAACUGUUUCAAGCUUCAUUGCACCAAAAAAUGUAAAUGGCACCAUAUGUUUGUAAUUAUUUUAUUUAUUGACCUUGAAAAAACACAAAAUGAAAUCUUUGAAAAAGUAAUCAAACUGUGUAAACAAAGUCAAACAACUGAUUAAAUGUUUGAAGAUUUUUUGGGAUGACAACUUUUAAGGGAGUUAAUAAAAUUUCAAAA